AUGAGCAAAAAUACAGAAUUAAAAGAUGAUUAUGAAGCCAAAUUAGAUAAGGCGAAUGAGGAAAUUGAAAAAUUAAAAAGAAGAAAUCGAGUUUUGGCUGAAAUUAAUAAACAAUUUGGAGAAGAAAAUGAUCAAUUAAACAAAGAUCUUGACCAAUAUAAAAAAUAUCGUAUGCCAAGACCAUUUCAGGCAAGAUCAAGUCCUGAUAAUUCCAGAAGUAUAGAAAUGAAACUAAUUAUGAAGAAAAUUGAUGACGAAUUUAAUUUGAAUUAUGAUGAAACUUUCGCCAUUCUGGUGAAUCUUGAAAUUCAACGAAAACUAAUACCGGAAUUGAUCUCCACAAAUCCCGACGAGCCACAGUUAAAAUGUGCAAUUCUGGUAAAAUUUCAAAAGAUCUUCAACGUGUACAUGUCAACAAUCGGCUUAAUGAUGAAUCAUCCUGGCGGAUCGCAACUAUCAUUCGCCAAAAUAUCCAAUGAUGAUGAUGAUUUGACCUCAAAAUCAGCUUAUGAUACCGAAAUUGAUCAAUUGGAGGGCGAAUAUGAGAAGGGUGGUUCGAAUUUAUCUUAA